CUCGCAGUGAUGUCAGUGUAAUCCGGAGUCGGAUCGGGCUCCCGGCUGGGUAGCGGGGGCGCAGAUGGUGCUCCCGCUAGCCGGGGAGAGCAAGGGUGUUCCCCGCGGAGGUGGCAGCCCUGGGGCGUUCCGGCACUCCCGCGGCCCCGGCGCGGUGCCCCCGGUGCCCUCGAGCGCCGCCCCCGCUGGCUGGCAGCGCCUCGCUCCGCCCUGGACGCCGCGGGUCCUGGCGCGGAGGUGCGGCGGGGGGUGGGAGCCGGCCCGGCUCAGCCUGAUUUACGGCUCUGCUGAAAACCGCUUCGCUCCCGCAGCAUCAGCACCGGCGGCGGCGGCUGCAGUAGCAGCAACAAGUCUGGACUUUUAGAGUAAUGCAACAGAAGGCUUUUGAGGAAAGCAGAUAUCCCUGGCAGGAGUCCUUUGAGAAUGUUGCUGUGUGCCUGCCAUUCCGCUGCCCGAGGUGUGGAGACCAUACCAGAUUUAGAAGCUUGUCAUCCUUGAGGGCCCAUCUGGAGUUCAGUCACAGCUACGAAGAAAGAACCCUCUUGACAAAAUGCAGUCUCUUUCCAUCCCUCAAAGACACAGACCUAGUCACUUCCUCAGAACUCCUGAGACCAGGAAAAUUGCACAGCAGUGGCAACGUGGUAAAGCAGAAACCGAGCUAUGUUAACUUGUACAGCAUUUCACAUGAACAUUCCAAGGACAGGAAGCCAUUUGAGGUGGUGGCAGAGAGGCCUGUGUCCUACGUGCAGACCUACACUGCCAUGGACCUCCGUGCAGACUCGCUGGAUGGGCCACGGUCGGGUCCUGGACUGCCCACCUCAGACACCAAAGCUUCUUUCGAGGCACAUGUCAGAGAAAAGUUCAAUCAGAUGGUUGAGGCUGUGGAUAGGACCAUUGAGAAGAGAAUCGAUAAACUCACCAAAGAGUUGGCCCAGAAAACUGCGGAACUGUUGGAAGUUCGGGCAGCUUUUGUGCAGCUGACUCAGAAAAAGCAGGAAGUUCAGAGACGAGAGCGGGCCCUGAACAGACAGGUGGACGUGGCGGUGGAAAUGAUAGCUGCAUUGAGGCAACGCCUGACGGAAUCUGAGGAGGAGCUUCUUAGGAAAGAAGAAGAAGUUGUCACAUUCAACCAUUUUCUGGAAGCGGCAGCUGAGAAGGAGGUUCAAGGGAAAGCCCGGCUCCAGGACUUUAUUGAGAAUCUGUUACAGCGGGUAGAACUGGCAGAGAAGCAGCUGGAGUACUAUCAGAGCCAGCAGGCCUCUGGCUUCCGCCGUGACCUCAGCGGGCACGUGCAAAUGGGCUCUAGUAUAAGGAAAAGAAAAAUAAGAGGCCAGGCGCGGUGGCUCACGCCUGUAAUCCCAGCACUUUGGGAGGCCGAGGCGGGUGGAUCACGAGGUCAAGAGAUUGAGAACAUCGUGGUCAACAUGGUGAAACCCCGUCUCUACUAAAAAUACAAAAAAUUAGCUGGGCAUGGUGGCGUGUGCCUGUAAUCCCAGCUACUCAGGAGGCUGAGGCAGGAGAAUUGCCUGAACCCAGGAGGCGGAGGUUGCGGUGAGCUGAGAUUGCGCCACUGCACUCCAGCCUGGGUAACAAGAGCGAAACUUCAUCUCACAAAAAAAAAAAAGAGAAAGAAAAAUAAGAAACAUUUAUGCUGAUCACAAGUUUAGCAGGGUUGCUAUCAGUUGAUUUAAAAGUUUCCUUAGGGCUUUCUGGAAUCCAGUGUGAAAAGCCAACAUGAAUAAAUAAUAGAACUAUUUGUCCAGAAGAAGGAAUGAAAUGAAAGGCAGGUGGAUAAAAGAAGGAAGAUCGGAGAGGAAGUGGGGAAGGACAGAAAGAAAUGAAGGAGGUCCUGCAUGGUGCUUGCUGUAAUCAUGUACACUUGGCCUUAGCACAGCUCGGUGAUAGAAGCCCCAGAACUUUCAGAACAAAAAAAGACUGGAAGGAAGUUUGCUAUAUCUGUGAGGUUUUAGGCACUAUAUUCAAAGCAGUCUCAUCCAUGUAACGUAUGUAUUAUUUUCUGGGUGGGUGUCUGUGGUCUUCUACAUGAAACACUUCUAAGGGGGAAGUCACACCUCACCUUGAUCUCUCUCUAUCUCCUCCUUGGGAAACCAUGAGAGUGUCUAGCCCUGACUAGCUGUGGAUGGAGGGACUAUCUGAGCCUCUUUCUGCUGUCUUCUUUCAUCCUGUGCUCUCAAGAGGGUUGGGGCAUGAGGUUAUGGUACCAAGAUGUGAGGUGAAAAAGCCUGAGAAUGCCUGGCUUCCAGUUUGUUCUUAAGCUGCUUCUGACUGGGCAAGAUAGUUGGUCUUCCUGGGCCUAUAAUUCUUCUGUAAAAUGGAGAGGUUGGAUUCAGUGCUUUCUAAAUUGUUUUGGCCUCUUAACUUAUCUGAGCAUUACCUGACUUUGAUGGCUAGGAAUUCUAAAAUUAAAAUGUGGCAUUGAUAUUUUCGUAUUUAGAAUUAUAAGUCAUCCAGAGCUAACUCCUAUGAAAUCCUCCUAUACUCAGCCAAGAGGAAUCUCAGAGAAAACAAUGGAAGGCAAGGAGGAAGAAAGGAAGCCUAUUCAUUCUCCUUUAACAUUGUUUUUGCUCACCUCUUUUGCUUAGUUUAUUUUUUUGGCAUGAAAGUUGAACAUUUUUAAAGAGAUGUAGCCAGUCAUUAUUUCACAUCGUGCCAAAUAAUGUAAUCAAAAGUUGGGUAGCAUUUUGGAUCUUCUAGUCAGAUAUGUACAUGCAAGAUUAUAUCCAGUUGUGUUGCUUUACAAUGUGACACAUACUGAGAAAUGUGUGGUUGGGCAGUUUUCUGAUUGUGUGAACAUCAUAGAGCUUAUUUACACAAACCUACAUGGUAUAGCCUACUACAUGCCUAGGCUAUAUGGUAUGGCCUAUUACUCCCAGGCAGUAAACCUGUAUAGCAUGUUACUGUACUGAGUACUGUAGGUGAUUGGAACACAAUGAUAUUUAUGUAUCUAAACGUAGAGAAGGUACAGUAAAAAUAUGACAUAAAAGGUAAGAAAUGGUAUAGCUGUAUAGGGCAUUUGCCAUGAAUGGAGCUUGCAGGAUUGGAAUUUGCUCUGGGUGAGUCAGUGAGUGUCUGGUACAUGAAUGUGAGUGCCUAGGACAUUACUGUACACUACUGUAGACUUUAUGAACACUGUUCACUUAGACUACACUAAAUUUGUGUAAAACUUUUCUUUCAACAAUAAAUUAACCUUAGCUUACUCUAACUUUUUAUCUUACAGACUUUUAAAUUAUUUUUUAACUUUUUGACUCUUUAGUAAUAACAGCUUAAAACAUAAGCAUUAUGUAGAAUUUUUUUUAAUUUUUAAUUUUUGAUUUCCAUUGGUUUUGGGGGAACAGGUGGUGUUUGUUAUAUGAAUAAGUUCUUUAGUGAUGAUUUCUGAGAUUUUGGUACACCAUCACCCGAGCAGUGUACACUGUACCCAAUUUGUAGUCUUUUAGCCCUCACGCUCCUCCCACCCUUUCCUCCUCCACUCCCUGAGACCCCAAAGUCCAUUGUAACAUUCUUAUGCCUUUGCAUUCUCAUCGCUUCGCUCCCACUUACAAAUGAGAACAUAUGAUGUUUGGUUUUACAUUCCUGAGUUGCUUCACCUAGCAAUUCCAUUCAGGUUGCUGAGAAUGCCAUUAUUUAUUUCCUUUUUAUGGCUGAGUGGUAUUCCACGGUAUAUAUAAACCACAAUUUCUUUAUCCAUUCAUUGAUUAAUGGGCUUGGAUAUUUGGGCUGGUUCAAUAUUUUUGCAAUUGCAAAUUGUGCUGCUGUAAACAUGUGUGAAACUAUCCUUUUCGUAUAAUGACUUCUUUUCCUCUGGGUAGAUACCCAGUAGUGGAAUUGCUGGAUCAAAUGGUAGUUCUAUUUUUAGUUCUUUAAGAAAUCUCCACACUGUUUUCCAUAGUGCUCGUACUAGUUUACAAUCCCACCAGGCAUAUGAAAGUGUUCUCUUUUUGUCACAUCCCUGCCAACAUAUAUUUAAAAAAUUUUUUUUUAAUUAUGGCCAUUCUUGCAAGAGUAAGGUGGUAUCACAUUGUGGUUUUGAUUUGCAUUUCCCUGAUCACUAGCGAUGUUGAGCAUUUUUUCAUAUGUUUGUUGGCCAUUUGUUUAUCUUCUUUUGGGAAUUGUCUAUUCAUGCCCUUAGUCUACUUCUGAUGGGAUUUUUUUUUCUUGCUGGUUUGUUUGAGUUCCUUGUAGAUGCUGGAUAUUAGUCCUUUGUUGGAUGUAUAGAUUGCAAAGCUUUUCUCCCACUCCAUGGGUUGUCUGCAUACUCUGCUGAUUGUUUCUUUUGCUGUGCAGAACUUUAUUAGUUUAAUUAAGUCCCAUCUAUUUCUCUUUGUUUUUGUUGCAUUUGCUCCAUGGUUCUUGAAAUUUUCUCAUGAAAUCUUUGCCUAGGCCAGUGUCUACAAGGGUUUUUUCAAUUUUAUCUUCUAGAAUUUUUGUGGUUUCAGGUCUUAGAUUUAAGACCCUGAUCCAUCUUGAGUUAAUUUUUGUACAAGGUGAGAGAUGAUUAUCCAGUUUCAUUCUUCUACCUAUGGUUUGCCAGUUAUGCCAGCACCGUUUGUUAAAAGGGGUGGCCUUUCCACACUUUAUGUUUCCAUUUGCCUUGUCAAAGAUCAGUUGGCCUUUACUUGGCUUUAUUUCUGGGUUAUCUGUUCUCUUCCAUUGGUCUGUGUGCCUGGUUUUAUACCGGAGAAGUAAAACAAUAUUUUUUCUUAUGUCCUUUAUUCAGUAAGCUUUUUUUUCUGUUUUUAUAAUUUAAAAUUUUUCCACUUUUAAGCUUUGUUUGUUAAAAUCUAAGACAGAAAUACACACAUAGCCAGGAUUAUCAAUAUCCCUGUUCACACCUUGUCCCACUGGAAGGUCCUCAGAGGCUAUAACAUGUAUUGAGCUGUCAUCUCCUAUGGUCACAAUGCCUUCUUUUGGAAUACUUCCUGAAGGACCUGCCUGAGGCUGUUUUCCAGAUAACAUUUUAUUUUUAUAGAACAGGUACACUCUAAAAUAAAAAGAUAAAAAGUAUAGUGUAAUAAGUACACAAACCAGUAGCAUAGUCAUUUAUUGUCAUUAUCAAGUAUUAUGCUCUGUACAUAAUUGUAUGUGCUAUACUUCUAUGUGACUGACAACACAGUAGUUUGAUUUAUACCAGCAUCACCACAGAUGUGUGAUUCAUUGUGCUGCGACCUUAUAACAGCUAUGGUGUCACUCGGUGAUAGGAAUUUUUUAGCUUUAUUUUAAUCUUAUGGUACCACUCUCGUAUAUGCAGUCUGUCAUUGACCGAAACAUUGUUUUAUAGUACAUGACUGUGCAUAUGUAUGCACCACACACAAAUGUACAUGUAUAUGCAUGCAUAUACACACAUAAAUACAUGCACAAAAAUGUAUACAUACAUAUAUACAUAUACAAAUACAAAUAAAUAUUGAUGUUUGUACCUUCUGUAUUCCAAAUACAAUAUGAUCUGCCUUCACAGACUUGCUCUACUGAAAGAAAAAUUGACUAAUUCAAAUAAAAUAAAGUACAGUUAGAAUAUAGCAAGAAAGUUAGAGACGAGAGCUCUAAUUUAGAGAUGUGUGAGUGGGGCAUGAUCAGGCUGUGGUGAGGGAACUGUUUGAGGGUUGAAGGGAGGAUACAUUGCCCUUGGAAGACCAAGAAUGAGGUAUGUGAUUUCUGAAAGGAUUAGGCAGAUGUGGCUUCCCCUUGUUUCCAUGUUUAGUGCUCUAAACUCUGCUUUGGACAAUAGCCACAUUAUGAGACAGUCUGCAGAUGCUGUAGGCCAUUUUUUUCUUGUAGCAGUCUGUUUCAUUGUCAUACAGGUUGAGUAUACCUUAUCUGAAGUACUUGGGACCAGAAAUGUUUCAGAUUUCACAUUUUUUAAGAUUUUGGAAUACUUGCAUUCGGCUUACUGGUUCAGCAUUCCUAAUCCAAAAUCAGAAAUCCAAAAUGCUCCAGUGUGAGUGUAUUUCCUUGGAGGGUCAUGUUGGCCCUCAAAAAGUUUCAGAUUUUGGAGCUUUUGGAUUUUGGAUGUUUAGAUUAGGGAUAUUCAACCUGCGGUAGUUAGCACUAUGUGAAAUUAUAUUCAUUUAUUAUUCAGUAAUUGUGUCCCCCUCCUCACUGGGAGCAGUUUCCUUAGUACCAAUAAGUUCUGUACCCCGAAAAUAUGUGUUAAAUGAAUUACUGCUAGUCCUGAUUUAGCAACUUGCAGGACAUAAAUGCAACACUUAAAAUAAGAUUAACCAAGCUGUUUUAUGACCUUCCGUUGGAUGAGCUGUGCGAGUGAUUUUGACAGAUGGGAUAGUAGGUCACUUUGUGUCUAAUUCGACAGCAUUUUUCAGAGCAUAAAGAUAAAAUAUCUGCAUAAGCAUAUUAUAUUUUUAGAAAUCAGCCAGGUGAACAAGAACAUAAAUGCUCAAGGGAAUUGAGGGGAAAAAGAUACAGAUGCCAAAACAUUAUUUCAGCAAAGGCACUAAGUGUGAGGGGAAGAAAAUUUUUCCAUAGCACAGAAGAUUCUUAAUGCUAUAAGUCACCUUAGAAAGAAGCAACUUACAUAUCAAUCUAGGAAUUUCACUGCUCUCUAGAGGUGGUAAUAAGAAAAAGAGGGAAGAGAAGACGGGGAGGGAAUCGACACUGUUUUUGCAGUGCAGCCUUAGUAGAGAGAAUGAGAGCCGGGCUGUGGAUGGUAUUCCUCAUUGUUCUGAAGGAGGGAGCUCAGGUGUGCAAGCAAGAAGGGGAGAGUGGGGAGUAGAGUUAAAAUCUUCUGCGUAUUCUGCAGUGCACUGGGAUGAGAAGCUGUCCUUGUAGGGCUGAGGCUUCAGAAGCCUGGGUUUCUGGGCCUUUCUUUCUGGGUUUCUAUGCCUUUACUAAGCUGGGCCAAAGAUAUUGGAUAUAACAAAGAUAUCUUUGUUAAAAUCAUAUUACUUAUUCUUUGUCUCUAUAGCCACAAAUAUCCUAAGAGGCCAGAUUUGGUACUGGAAUAUAUUAAAGUCAUGGCUUCUUAUUUUAUAGGUGAAUGUAUAUUACAAGCUAAGCAUCCCUAAUCCAAAAAUCUGACAUUCCUUUAUUUUUUUGGGGGGGUGGAGUUUUGCUCUUGUUGCCCAGGUUGGAGUGCAAUGGCACGAUCUUGGCUCACUGCAACCUCCACCUCCCAGGUUCAAGUGAUUGUCCUGCCUCAUCCUCCCAAGUAGCUGGGAUUACAGGUACCUGCCACCAAGCCUGGCUCAUUUUUUUGUAUUUUUAGUAGCGAUAGGGUUUUGCCAUAUUGGCCAGGCUGAUCUCAAACUCCUGACCUCAGGUGAUCUGCCCACCUUAGCCUCCCUAAGUGCUGGGAUUACAGGUGUGAGACACCACACCUGGUCAAAUCUGACAUUCGAAAUGCUCCAAAAUCCAAAACUUUUUGAGUGUUCCAGGGUCAUGCUCAAAGGAAAUGCUUAUUGGAGCAUUUUGGUUUUCAUAUAUCUGGAUUAGGGUUGUUGAACUGGCAAAUAUUCUGAAAUUCUAAAUCUGAAGCACUUCUGAUCCUAAGCAUUUUGGAUAAGAGUCAGACAAACCUAUAGUUAGGUUGGUUUUGGUACAAAGCUAUUUAUAUUUUUCCAACCUGGGAACAUGAUCAAAGGCUCUCUAGAUCCUCAUCUUAAUAUCCUCCUCUCCCUAAUUAAAAGGAAGACAGAAGCAUUGGACUAGGAGAAAAUGGAAGUAGGUAGAUGAGCUAAGUGGGAAGGUUUCCUAUCUGAGGCCAAAGGGGCCAGGAGGAACAGUGGCCUCUUGUGUUCACAGGGACAGCAGAGGAAACUCUGCAGUGGCUGUGAUGAUAAGCCCAGGCCUCCACCCUAAACCUCAUCAUUUACAGGAUCUUUGGAGAAAUUCCAGUCCAGCCACUGAUUCCACUUAAUUUAUUGUGUACAUACUUCUUUCCUCUUUACUUAUAUACACAAACACAUCCUUUUUAAAGAAGACAGUACAGAGUGAAGGCUUGCUCAGGCUUGGAGUCUGCUAACUUGGAUCUGAAAGCCUGCCCUAACACUGAUAAAGCACUGAGGCUUCAAAUCAGUUACUUAACUCUGCUACCUUAGUUUCCAUAUCUGUAAAAUUGGAAUGAUGAUGCUUACCUCCAAGGGUGGCUGAGAGCGUUAAUCCUGCCUGUUAUAUGGUCAGUAUUUGACCUGGCAUGUGACAUCUAGACAUGCACAAUUUGUAGUACCCUUAUAUAUGUGAGCUUCAUGAUGCAUCUUUACUCAUCUUUAUCACGCAUUUCCCCCUCAAUAAGACACAGUAAAGUCCUUUCUUGAGGUCUCAGCAGGGUCCAUUAGUGACAUUCAUUGUCACUAAGGUAGUAGUUCUAAAAACAUUUUUGAAAUCAGAGAUCACUUUGAACAUGUGAUAACACUACUGGCCUUUUUCUUAGGGACAGAAGCAUACACACAAACGUAUUCUCUCUCCCUCUCUCUCUCUCUCUGUUUUGGAAUAUACAUAUUCCAAAGGAUAGUAUGUAUACAUACGUAUGCAAUAAAUCAUUAAACUGCCACUUACAUAUAUACAAACUGUAAAACGAACACAGUUUGUUUUGCCCUAAUAAUGAAAAAAAAAAUGAGGAAAGAUUUAAAGGAAGAAAAACUCUGUUUAUUUUUACAGUUUAGACAUUGACUAAAGUUCAUUGAAGGAGCCCAGCUGAGAAAUACUUACUGGUGAUGGUGGGGUAGAGAGCAAGAAGGUUGAUGCCAGUGCCUUCAGGGUCCUCAGAAUCUAUCAGCCUGGCAUUUGCCAGAGCCAUCUGUCCCACCUUCUUUGUAUGUAGCAUAAUCUUUGGGACAUCAUGUGAGGAUGGUGCCUUUUUCUGUUACAAUUUACUAAUCUCAAGCCAAACACAGCCUACAUGAGCAGGGUCAAAAUAUUGCCGAGUUCUGAUUGUGUCAAAAGACAGAACACAAGAAUCCCAUCUUGCCUCCUCAUGACAUGAGCCUCAGUUUUGUUUCUUUUUUUGUUUUUUCUUAAGGAACCUCUUUUGUAGCUUGCUCCAGACAGAAUAAUAUGGGCAGUGAUCCUGUUAGCCUGAGCUUGGGUUUUCAGAUUAUUUUAGUAAAGCAGGGACACAUGUCUUGGCCACACUGGCCCAAAUGCCAAGGUGGCCUUUUCUCCACAUUUUAGUUGUCGUUUCUCUUCUGUCAGUCUGCCUGCUAAUGUGAUAACACUUAUUCUAGUGAAAGCUACAUGAGGAAGAUCAGGAUCAGGAGGAUGAAAAUAUACUGGAUCUGCCUAUAAACUGGAUGGUGCCAUCUCUAUCACAAAAUGAUAAUUAUCAAUUUAUUCUGCAGAUGAGAAUAUUUCAAGCCCAGCCACAAAAGUGCAUGCAGAUGUUUUAUUGCAUGAAUUAUCAGGAGUGGGAAGUUAUCUGGAUGAUAGAUGGACUCAGGGAGAGUUGUGGGGUUGUUCUUCAUGUUCUCUCAUUUUAGAAAUGAUGUAUUAUAGGCAAGAAACCUUUUAUGUCAAUGUUCUCCUUAGUUGAUACAUUGUGAUAAUCUGGCCAUAGCUGUAGAUUAGCUGCAAAUACAGCUUGAAUCAGUCAAGAAAUCAUGGCGGAUCAUUCCAGGUUUUUGAAUUUUAUGUAUUUAUUUUAUUUUUAUGUAUGUUUGUAUUUUAUUUCAGUAGUUUUUGGGGAAGAGGUGGUGUUUGGUUACAUGAAUAAAUUCUGUAGUGGUGAUUUCUGAGAUUUUGGUCUAUCCAUCAUGCGAGCAAUGUACACUAUACCAAUGUGUGGUCUUUUAUCCCUUACCCCACUCCUUGAAGAACUGAAAAUAGAACUACUGUUUGAUCCAGCAGUCCCACUACUGGGUAUCUACCCAAAGGAAAAGAAGUAAAUUAUAUGAGAAAGACACAUGCACACACAUGUUUAUAGCAACACAAUUUUCAACUGCAAAAUUAUGGAACGAGCCUAAAUGCCCAUCAACCAAUGAGUGGAUAAAGAAAAUGUGGUAUACAUACACCAUGGAAUACUACUCAGCCAUAACAUGGAAUGAAAUAAUGGUAUUCGCGGCAACUUGGAUGGAGCUGGAGGACAUUUUUCUUUUUUUUUUUUUUGAGACGGAGUUUCACUUUUGUUACCCAGGCUGGAGUGCAAUGGCACAAUCUUGGCUCACCGCAACCUCUGCCUCCUGGGUUCAGGCAAUUCUCCUGCCUCAGCCUCCUGAGUAGCUGGGAUUACAGGCACGCGCCACCAUGCCCAGCUAAUUUUUUGUAUCUUUAGUAGAGACGGGGUUUCACCAUGUUGACCAGGAUGGUCUCGAUCUCUUGACCUCGUGAUCCACCCGUCUCGGCCUCCCAAAGUGCUGGGAUUACAGGCUUGAGCCACCGCGCCCAGCCUGGACGACAUUUUUCUAAGUGAAGUAACUCAGGAAUGGAAAACCAAGUUCUCACUUACAAGUGGGAGGAUGCAAAGGCAUUCCAGUAUUUGAAAACCUAUUUCUUCUAAUGUUGCUCUAUUGGGAGGCUCUUUUGAGUAUUUGAGAUUUUUGAGAUCUGCUGACAUAGACUUCUUGGCAAUCUCAGAACAAAUGCCCACAGAGGCUCCUGGAGUAAGCAAGCAAAGGCUGAGCAUGAGACGUUCUUGUUCACCGAUGAGAUGGAUGGUGCUGCAGGUCACCCUAUCAGUAACAGUCACUGACUCCCUGAUUGGGAAUGCAGUUUUUUUAGAAAAUACAAGAAAUAUUUUAAAAACCAAAUCCGGCCUUCAAAUGCAGUAACAUUUUUUCUUAUUUGUU